UCCCUCUUCCCCUCCCACGACUGUACGACCUCACGAUCCUCCCCCCCAGAAAAUGGGCCGUCCUUCCGUUCCGUUGUCGGCGAGUCUCCCGCCGCUGAUUAUGGGCACGGCGACCUUCAACUUGCAGUACAAUCCGGAUCCCUAUGCGCUCCCCACCACCGAACUGGUCUGCCGGGCCUUCUCCAGCGGCGUGCGCGCCUUCGACACCUCGCCCUACUACGGCCCCGCCGAGGAGCUGCUCGGCCGCGCGCUGGCCACCGAGUUUGUGCGCUCGACGUAUCCGCGCGACUCCUACCGUCUGCUCACCAAGGUUGGCCGCGUCGCCGCCUCGGCCUUUGACUACUCGCCGCGCUGGGUGAGGCAGAGCGUGCGCCGCAGUCUGGCCCGCCUACAUACCGACUACCUGGACGUGGUCUACUGCCACGACGUGGAGUUCGUGUCGCCGGCCGAAGUGCUGGCGGCCGUGCGGGAACUGCGGCGCAUCCGUGACGUCGACGGCACGGUGCUCUACGUGGGCAUCUCGGGAUACCCCGUCGACGUGCUGUGCGAACUGGCGGAGAUGGUGCUGCGCGAGACCGGCGAGCCGCUCGACGUCGUGAUGUCCUACGCCAACUUCACCCUGCAGAACACCCGCCUGCUGACCCAGGGCCUCCCCCGUCUGCUGGCUGCCGGCGUUGACGUGGUCCCCAACGCCUCGCCGCUGGGAAUGGGCCUCCUGCGGCGCAAGGGCGUCCCCAUCGGCAGCAUGGGCGAUUUCCACCCGGCGCCGGACGGCCUGCGCACCGUCAUCGAGGAUGCCAGCCGGUUCGCCGACUCCCAGGGCGAGAAGCUCGAGGUGAUCGCCAUCCGCUUUGCGCUGGAGUCCUGGCUGCGCCAGGGCGGCCAGGUUGGCGCGCUGGGCCCGCCGCUCGCCCGCUCGCCCGAGGCUGACCCGGGCUUCUUGUCCGUUGUUCACGUCGGCACUGGCGAGCGCCUGGGCGUCAGCGUUAUGGGCGUGAGCAAUGUCGACGAGCUCAACGAAUCCCUGCGCGUGUGGCAUAGUAUCGUCGAAGGACUGGAGAAUCGGGACGAGGAAGACGGGGCAGAUCGCGACCCGCAGUCUUCUUCCCUGGAGCCGACCGCUGCGAACGCGCCCACCAUCCUGACCCCCUCGGAUGGCAUCAUCACCGAUCGCGCCUGGUCUCGCGAUCGACGGGGCCGUAUCCUCUCGCUUACUCGACAGAUCCAGUCCAUUCUGGGCCCGGACUGGGUCGAUUAUACGUGGCUCAGCCCGGACCCGGAUUUCGUCAAUUCGCUGCCGGCCGAGCACCUGGCGGCGUUGGAGCAGCAGACGACAGCCCCCCAAGAUGCUUGUGACGACGCCAUGAUGACUCCUCCCUUGGAUACUGUGGAUACGAAGAUACCCGCAAAUUCCCCCUCGCAGUUCGCCUUAUAGACUUGUUUCUCCUUCUCUCUCUCUCUUUUUCUUCUGGGAAACUGAAUUAGAUAUACAUUGGAUGUUUCCCCUGCAUAAUGACGACACGAUAGGUUUCUACCCUCAUGUUCUACUCCCGUUUUUCUUCUUGUAAAUAGACUUCCUUCUGGUGGUUCUGUUUUGAACUGCUGCCGUGCAGUUUGGCCUCUUUCCAAUUGAGGUGGAAAGAGAAAUUGUUAUCGCAUCGAAAAGCAAAGGGCCAGGAUGGUUUUCUCACCUAAAAAUCCGAUCCGUAUUCAUCC